GCUUGAGUUGAACUCACCAAAAUUGGAUUCAACACGGCGAUGGGCAAAGGAAGCAAGCGCGGCGGCCAGAAGAAGGACCAACUCGCGGUAGUUGGACGGAGCGUGUCCUCGUUGGUCAAUGUAGAAGAUGCCACAGAGGUUGAAAUCCUCAACACCCCCGUCAUGUCGGCUCGUCCGGACGGCAAACACAGCGACGACGACGACGAGGAAGAGGACGAAGACGAUGACGAAGCAGAGAUCGAACGCCGCUUAGUCGAGGAGAUGCAAGCGGAGAAGAAGAAAGCCAACACGACGACCAUCUACAACAAAGACGCGAUGGUGAAACUUGCCAAAGAGCUUGACUUGAGCUCAAAGUUCAAGUGGGUCGAAACCCUCGACACUUCGUCGCACGUGCUCGAACUCGAGAAUGCGCACGACGACCUGAAACGCGAAGUCGCAUUCUACAACCAAACGCUGGCGUCCGUGAAGGAUGCAAAGGAGCGCCUGCUCAAGGAGAAUAUUCCGUACAAGCGCCCGGAUGAUUACUUUGCCGAAAUGCUCAAGAGCGACGCACACAUGGCCCGUGUCAAGGACAAGUUGAUCUUCGAACAAAAGAAGAUGAAUGCAGUCGAGGAGCGCAAGAAAUCCCAGGCACACAAGAAGGUGGCGAAGGAGCUGCAGUCGCAAAAGGCCAAGAAGCGUCUCAAGGAAAAGAACGACACGUUGGAAGCAGUCAAGCAGUGGAAGAAGCGGAAAAAUACCAACGCAGCGUCGGCUGUCGGCGGUGUUGACGAUGACGAGAGCUUUGAAAAGAUGCUGGAAGGUGCGGGCAGCAACAAGCGUCCGCGCGACGCCGCCGACAAGGGCGGUCGUGGCAAGAAGAACUUUAAGCGCGAAGCUCACAACAAGAAGUACGGGUCGGGUGGCAAGACCAAGUUUACGCAUAAAAAGAAUGACAAGAAGAGCACGAAUGACUUUUCGUCGUUCAGCCGUAGCCGCAACAACGAAGGCGUGGGCAAACGAGGCGGCGGGAAGAAGCCCGCCGGCGCCAAGUCGCGACCUGGCAAAGUCUCGCGAGGCAAAGCGAUUCAAAAGCGAGGGCGCAAGUAAAAUCAUCUAAUUUUAAACGUGUGGGCAUGCCGAGAAAAGUCAUGUCUGCCACACCGACUCGCCCGUGCGCGAAUUAUAAUAGUACACCAGUCCGG